UAAUAUCAUCAUGGAACAAUCAACUCGCUAUGCUACAGGCACAAAAGGAGUCCCUCCUGACAACAGGAAAAAAUAUCAGAAAAUAGAAAAUAAAGAAUCAGGCACGGUCCAAAACUGCAGGGCAAAUAAAAGAUAGAAAAAAAAACCGGUCAUGAAAAAGAACAACUUUUCCAACCGCUAAGACGCAUCGUGCCGGUGCUGCGUCACGUAACACAUGUCAUUAUCAGUAAUUCCGAGUAAUACAUGUCCUGGUUCGCCGGGGACAGAACCCAUGCCACCCAGGAUGAAGGGCUAAAAAAAAGAGAAAAAAAAAUAAUAGAAGAUGAAGAUGAAGAUGAAGAAAAGAAACAGAGGGGACGAAAGAAACGAGCAGAAACAACCGCCUGUCCGUCAAAGCACAACCGUUUCUCUUCUCCAGGUGCCUUGAGAAGGCCGGGCCUUUUCCUCAAGUGCCUGUGUGUAUUUGCCUCGUUCGGUCUUUCUUUUUUUUUUUUUUUCCGAUAUGCUUUUUCUUGGGCAAUUGGUUCUGCGCCGUUGUAAUACCCCUUUCCCUUUGAGAAACUCUUUUUUUUUUUUUUUU